AUAAUUCCUCCAAAAAAUUGUUCAAAAGCUUCAAAGUACUACUUACAACUGAACAGUACUGAACUUAGCUUAAGCUUUUUUUUUUUUUUUUGCUUAGCAGAAUCAAUGUGAUUAUUUUUUUUCAUCUGUAACAUACAGCAUUUAGCUUUACUUUCUUCUGCAUUUUCAGAGAUCCAAAAAAAAAAAAAUUAAAAAAAAUUCACUGUUUGUUCUGAUCUUUGUGCUCUUUUUGGGAUUUUUUUGUACUGGGGAGAAAUAGCUAUGAGAAAUUCCUUUUUAUUUUUCAGUUUGAUAGCUUUUUUUAUUGCUUAUCUUCAAUUUCAGGUUCAUGCUGCUGCUCCUGCUGGGCCUUUGAUUAAGCACUUGAAUUCUAUACUCAAAUGGUCUAGGUCUACCUCUAAAACUCCUCAAUCAGAUGGAAAUUUUCUUCAUUUCGAAGAAGGCUACUUAGUUGAGACUGUUGUAGAAGGAAAUGAACUUGGUGUUGUGCCAUAUAAGAUACGCGUCUCAGAGGAUGGUGAACUCUUUGCUGUUGAUGCUAUUAAUAGUAAAAUCGUUCGAAUUACUCCCCCGUUAUCUCAAUAUAGUAGAGCAAGAUUAGUUGCUGGUUCAUUUCAAGGUCACACUGGCCAUGUGGACGGGAAGCCAAGUGAUGCUCGUUUCAAAAAUCCAAAAGGAGCUGCCAUGGACGACAAAGGAAACAUUUAUGUUGCUGAUACCUCAAAUCUGGCUAUUAGGAAGAUUGGAGAAGCAGGUGUGACAACAAUUGCUGGAGGAAAGUCUAAUGUUCCAGGAUACAGGGAUGGGCCAAGUGAAGAUGCACAGUUUUCAAGCGACUUCGAUGUAAUAUAUGUUCGUCCAACUUGUUCAUUACUCGUUGUUGAUCGAGGUAAUGCUGCUCUUAGGCAAAUUUCUCUCAGUCAGGAGGAUUGUGACUACCAGUACAGCUCAGUGUCAACUAUAGAUGUUCUCAUGGUUAUUGGUGCUAUUAUAAUAGGAUAUGCUGCGUGCAUGCUCCAGCAAGGAUUUGGCUCCAAGACGCAAGUACGUGUGGAAGUGGAGCAACAGGAACCUUCUUUAUUGAAGGAGAAGCCGACCCCUGUUGUUGAAACUGUGAAAGACGAACAAGAAGCAGGCUGGCCAUCAUUUGGACAGCUUCUCUGGGAUUUGGCCAAGCUUGCAAUAGAGGGUUUGGGUUCCCUUUUUGGCUAUGCCGUUCCUUUGCGGUUUAGACACAAGAGCUUCAUUAGACCUGGACUAACUCCAUUGAAAGAUUCACUGAUCAUGCCUGAAGAUGAAGUUGAGCCCCCGUUAGUUCAAAAGCAGAGGGCUCCAGCAGCUGCUUCCGAGAUCAGACAUGUCCCAGCUGUCGGUGAUAAAGUAGUACCCGAGGGCAAGCCCACCAAGAUUAGAUCCAAUAGUACAAAAGACCCUAACUUGUCAACCAAGCACAGGUCUUCCAGACGACAUGAGUAUGCAGAAUACUAUGGAGCCUCAGGUGAGGUUCCUUCAUACGUGCACGUGAGGUCUAAAAGCCAGAAGGAAAGACCCAAGCAUCGGCGACAUGAUUCAAGUGUUGGAGCAGCAGGAGUAGAGACAAAACCUGCUGAUCAAACGAAAGCAGUAAACUAUGAGGAUCCAAAGUUUGCCCAUUACAGCAUGAGGAACAAGUAUGGAGACUCUUUCCCCCGGUACACAUGACUCUAGCCUCACUAAUGACUUAGUUUUAUAAGCAGGGAGGGUCAAAACUUUUUGUCAUGUAAGUUGUAACUCUAAUAUUAAUGGAAGCAAGUCAAGUCAUAUGUGCUGUAUUGAGUAAUUUCACAGAUUUUCCUUUACUCUUUUCUGGAGGAAGGAAAAAAUCUUAAAGUAGUGGCGUACGUCUUGCCGGGGAGUGAAAGUAAUAGGAAAAGGAUGAGACAUUCAUGUGAAAUCUGAGGUUUGAAAGAUGACAGCCGUGAUAUUCUUGAUGAUCAAAACAGUUUUGGUUCUAACUUGUGGAGAAUCCUCUUUCCUAUCCCCUUAAUGAAGCCAGCAGGCGAAACGACGAUCGACUCACAAGAAAGUGUGUUAGUAUUAUUAUUACAUAAGACUUUUGUGUAUGUUGUAUGAACUUAUCUCUCAGUAAUUGAAUAGAAUUCUGUCUCA